AUGGCGGCCGAGUCGGAGCAGCGAAUUCUACGAAGAAACAGGCCCGGCACGAAGGCCAAAGACUUCUACUCGUGGCCGCCACAAGACUUUAACGACAUGGAUACCAUUCUAGCAGUCCAACAGUACAUUCAGUACAUGAUACGUAAGGACCAUACCGACGUGGACGCCAUUCUGGAGCCGCCCGAGGGUCACGACGACCUGGCCGUCUGGAAGUACGAGCAUCUGCGGCAGUUCUGUCUGGAACUCAACCACAUGGCCGUCAGACUCCAAAACGAGUGCGACCCUGUCAUCUGCACAAAGAUGAAAGCCACGGAGCAGUGGAUAUUCCUCUGCGCGGCUCACGGGGAGCCCAAGGAGUGCUCGGCACUCGACUACACGCUCCACACACUCCACGGGGCCUCCUGCCUCCUGAACAGCAACAAACACUUUGACAGUCGAGUCUCAAUCCGCGAGAGCUCCGUCCAGAGACUUGGGUCUAUUGCACGACGAAUCUACCGCAUUUUCUCGCACGCCUUUUUCCAUCACCAGCAGUUGUUUGCCGAGUUCGAGGGGGAGACGUCGCUGUGUCUGAGGUUUACGAGGUUCGUGACCAAAUAUGGGUUGAUGUCCCGGGAAAACCUGUUAGUCCCGAUUGACGGGGUGUCGUCUCCGGUCGUGAGUCAGCAGGACGAAGGAGGAGAUGAAGGAGGAGAUGAAGGGGCAGGGGAAACUGAAGCAUGA